CUAGAAUUAAUUAAGACCACUAUGUAUUAGAAAAUUACUCUAUAAACCCAAGCCGUGUAAUCGCAAUAUGCAAAAUUUCUGUACCCACCAAAUAUAACCUUACUUUGAAACCUAACCUAUAAGCAGCGUGUUCAGUUUGAGUUUAUUUUAUCAAACAUGGCAAGUAAAUUAUCAACAUUGCUGCAAUUCGGAAAGCAAUAUGGAAAAUUUUCCAUUUUGCCUUGUCGUCACAUUUCUAUAGAGGCAGCUAAAAAUCAAUUAAAUAGCCUUAAGCCAAAAACAGGUAUUUUAAUGCUUAAUAUGGGUGGACCUUCUAGUAUUGAACAGGUGCAUGAGUAUUUAUUACGUAUAAUGACUGAUCGUGAAAUGAUACAACUACCAAUUCAAAGUCAGUUAGGUCCUUGGAUAGCAAAGCGUCGUACACCAGAUGUACAAAAGAAAUAUUCAGAAAUUGGCGGAGGUUCACCUAUUUUAAAGUGGACAAAAAUACAGGGUGAACUGUUGUGCCAAAAGUUGGACAAGGUUUCACCAGAAACUGCACCUCAUAAGUACUAUGUAGCUUUUCGAUAUGUUGAUCCUCUCACUGAAGAUACGCUUCAACAGUUAGAGGAAGAUGGUGUCCAACAAACAGUAAUAUUUUCUCAGUAUCCACAAUAUAGUUGUGCCACAACUGGAUCUAGCUUUAAUGCAAUAUAUAAGUAUUAUAAAAAAAGGCAGCUACCUACUAAUAUGAAAUGGAGCGUAAUAGAUAGAUGGGCAACGCAUCCAUUAUUCGUAAAGGCAAUUGCUGAAAGAAUUAAGGACGAAUUGGUUAAAUUCCCUGAUAAUAUAAAAGACGAUGUUAUAAUUUUAUUUUCAGCUCAUUCACUUCCUCUAAAGGCAGUGAAUAGAGGAGAUUCUUAUCCAUCUGAAGUUGGGGCAACAGUUGCAUUGGUAAUGAAAGAAUUAAAUUACUGCAAUCCGUACAAUUUAGUGUGGCAGUCAAAGGUUGGACCAUUACCGUGGUUGGCGCCUUUUACCGACGAUGCCUUAAAAGCAUAUGUUAAGCAAGGAAAAAAGAAUUUUAUAUUAGUGCCGGUAGCGUUUGUUAAUGAACAUAUUGAAACUCUCCACGAGAUGGAUAUCGAGUACUGCAAAGAUUUAGCCGAAGAACUCGGCAUUGAAAGAAUAAAACGAGCUGCUGCGCCAAACGAUCAUCCUAUCUUUAUCGAUGCUCUGGCGGAUAUAGUUAAUUCUCAUCUUAAAUCGAAGCAACCGGUAAGCCCGAAGUUUUUAACGCGUUGUCCUCAUUGCGUGAGCACCAUUUGUCUCAGAAGUAAAGAAUGGUAUGCACAGACGUGUAAAAGUUAAAACAAAUGAAAAUAUAUUUAAUGUACACAUGAUCAAUAUAUUAUCUAUUUAUA